AUGGCCAACAAGAAGCUUACAGUCCUCGCUCUCCUCCUUGCAAUAGUUGCAUUGGCUCUUGCCGCACCCAUCCGUCUGGGAACGACCGUUACGAUAGAUAGCAAAUCGGUCUUUUGUCUACUUCUUCCACAACAACGCGGUGGCAACAUUGCCGCCAGCGAAAAUAGUGCAGUUUCAUUUUGCACAAAGGCAACUCCCAACGCACCCAAUGCCAAUACUCUCCCGAAAGGAUUUAUCAAGACGGUGAACUACGCUACUGGACCGGGAUACGUUCAAAUAACGGGCAGAAUUGACAGAUCCAAGUACGGUUUGAGUCCAGACGACGGUGGUGGUCAGUAUGAUCCAAAGGCGCCUCGUGGUGCAUCCUGUGCUGGAGCCAAGAAAUUUGUACAGUUAAUUGAGCCCGACGCACAAUUGUACUGUAUACGUUGCUGCACCGACCCCAAGAAAUGCAACACUGGAAUGAGUACUAAGGGAUGUAGAGUAGUUAUUCCUGGCAAGUACUGA